AUGUCCAAUAAUUCUAUGGGUCAAGCUCCAAACAUGCCCACCAUAGGCAAUCUGAACCAGGGAACCAUUCAAUACACAAACAAUCCGCUGCAGAGCCCUCAAUUGCAGCCUACCGCGAUUCAAGGGUCGCCUACACAGCAUAGUCCUAUGGGUACUCAGUCGCAAGUAGGCGCUAAAGCAAACCAAAGCGGUGCAGGAGAUCAGACUUCACAGCUGCUCAGCCGACCACGUUUGCAAGAACUGGUUCGUGAAGUUGACCCGACUGUGCAGCUAGAUGAAGAGGUGGAAGAAAUGCUAUUGCAAUUGGCUGAUGACUUUAUAGACACAGCACUGAGUGCCUCAUGUUCAGUUGCUAAACACAGACAUGCUCCUAAUGUUGAAUUAAGAGAUGUACAAUUACACUUAGAACGCCAAUGGAAUAUGUGGAUCCCAGGAUUUGGUAAUGAUGAACUCCGACCAUAUAAACGCGCAGCUGUCACUGAAGCACACAGGCAACGCAUGGCACUCAUCCGAAAAACUAUAAAAAAAUAUUAG